AUGUUGACCAGAAAAAUCACAGAAGAGAACGGAGGUGAUACUGAUAUAUCCCAUCGCCUGAGCCAAGUUGUUCUACGAAAACUUGAGAUAAUCGAAGGAGGGAAAAUAACACUGGCUCACCACACAAUCAACGUGGAACAGAACAUCAAGAAAGGGUUCGCAAUCGUUCUCAGUGUCAAGAAUUUUGUCACAACAGCCAUCUCAUCUAAUCCUCAUGCCUCAUUCGCUUGGGCCGGUGCCUUAGUGAUUUUACCGCUUCUCCAGAGGGCCGUCACUACACAGGAUGAUGCAAUCGAGGGCUUUAAUCAGAAGAACAGCCGCCUCUUCAAAAAUUUCACAGGAUCGGAUGAGUGGAAGAGUAAGCUUGCCAGUAUCAAUCAGCUUGCGGAAGAUAUUGGGAAAGACUUUCAAGUCAAGGACAAGAUCCAAUGGACUAAGAUAGACGCUAAGGUCACUGGAAUGGAACAAAAGUGGCAAACAAUACUGGCUGACUUGAGCGAGAUCCGCGAGAAGAUGGUCGAGAGUGAGCGUGUCCACCUUCAAGAUAGACUUGACAAACAACUAUAUGCCGAAGGGGCUGCUUUCAACUCGAACGAAAACCAGCAUGGAAAUACUCGAGUCGACCUUCUAGAGAACGUCCUUUCCUGGGCGCAUGCAGAAGGAAAUGAAAAUAUCUUUUGGCUCAAAGGUGUUGCUGGAACUGGAAAGUCAACCAUUGCUCAUACUGUUGCAUCUACACUUUUCAGUCAGGGUCACUUGGUAGCAAGUUUCUUCUUUGCUCGAGGUCUGGGAGAUCGUGGCCAUGAAAAGCUCUUCUUCACUUCAAUUGCAUUUCAGAUUGCUGAGCAAAAUGAGGAUGCGUGUCAUCAUAUCUGCACAGCAAUUGGUGUACAACCAGGAAUCAAGGACAAAGAUCUGAGUUUCCAAUGGGGGAAGUUGCUGUAUGAGCCGUUUGAAAAGAUGGAAAAAGGUAUUCAGCCUUUUCUUGUGAUCGAUGCUUUGGACGAAUGUGAGAGCAAAAAUCUUGAUGAAAUUAUCAAAAUUCUUACUCGCAUGAACAAAGAUAGUUCGGGAAAGAAUAUCUUCAAAAUUUUCAUAACGAGCAGACCUGAGACCGCCAUCCACUUUGGCUUUCAACAAGCUGAUAGCGCCGGCUUUUGCGAGUUAUUCCUGGAUAAAGUCUCUCGUGAUGUUGUCCAGCAGGAUAUUCGGGCCUUGAUUUAUUACCGCAUGCGGGAGAUCCGACAAAAGAAGAGAAUUCAAGAUAGCUGGCCAAAUGAGGAGCAAAUAUGUGUGCUUGUUGAAAGAGCAGACCGACUAUUCAUCUACGCUGCAACUAUCUGCCGAUAUCUUGAGAGCUCGCCCUAUCCCAUGCGCGGUCUCAAAACCAUGCUAGAUGCUGGGGGCUCUGCGUCCAGUCUAGAGGGAAUUGACAAGAUCUAUCUACAAGUUUUGAAGAGUUUUGUAAAGGACACUCCCAAAGAUUUUAUCGGUUUACUUUGGAAGAAUUUCAGAGAAAUCAUUGGAUCGAUUGUUGUCUUGUUUGAGCCCUUCAAUGUUGCUUCUCUGAGCGGACUGCUUGCCAUCGAUGAGUACGAAGUCUCAUCAACACUGGAGCCUCUAUAUUCAAUUCUGGAAAUUGGAACAAAUAUUGACCACCCCGUCAAUGUCUUCCAUUAG